AUGGCGAUUUACGCGGCUUGCCUUUGGCUGGGAUCUGGAGUCACAUCGUCGCCCAUCGUUUUGACAUCGAAUGGAGAUGACGAUCUUCGUUCAACCGUUCCAGUUCAAACUCUGCCGAGUGGACCGACAGAUCCAUCUGAAAUCGGACAGCCGCUCACCGAAGAAGAAUUCCACAGCAACAUUACAACUUACAAAGAUGCAUCCGAAUUGGAUUCGUCGGAGAAGAAGAUUCCCGAUGAGCUGCUGCAUCAGCUUUGGGGUGGUGACAUUAUGACUCUAUCAGGUGACAAAAACGCUGUCGUGGAUCCCAAUAGUCUUUGGCCCAAUGCCCAAAUCCCUUACGUCAUUUCUGCAAGCUACACCCCCGACCAACGCAGAGUCAUCGGUUACGCCAUGAACGAGUAUCACACCAAAACUUGCAUCCGCUUCGUUCCACGGACCAAUCAAAACAAUUACAUUUACAUCCGGAGAGACCUUAAUGUUGGAUGCUGGAGUUACGUCGGCAUGAACGGAAACGGUGUCCAAGAUGUGAGUCUACCAGACUAUUGCGUCAGCUACAGUUACCCCGGAUCGGUUAUUCACGAACUGAUGCACGCCACUGGAUUCCAACACGAACACCAGAGACCCGACCAACAAUAUUACAUCAACGUUAACUACCCCAACAUUCGUCCAGAUAAUCGUCAAUUCUUCAAUCCAUUCAAACCUAACGUAGUCAACACUUUGGGUCUCCCAUACGACAUCAAAUCGGUGAUGCACUACCCCAGCUCGUUCAUGGCAAGCAACCCAUCGAUCCCGACUAUGGUAGCCAGGAGUGGCGAUUUGAACUUGGGAAAUCUGAAGGGAUUUACUAAGUUGGACACCCAGAAGAUCAACAAGUUGUACAACUGCCGUUACUAAUUGGGUCGUAGUUAUUUUUCAAUUCACCCCCUAAUCUUUACCGUAGUAUAUGUGAAGCUGUUAAAUAUUAAGCUUAGUAGAUUGUUUAUUGUCGGUUGAUUACUCUAAUACACAUUAUAUUUUUUCCUUA